GCUAAGGGGAGAGAGACAGUGGUGGUGGCGGCGGGGGUGAUGGUGGUGGUGACGGUGGUGGUGGUGGGCUCGGCUACAGUUUAUCAUCACCACAACCAACAACAGCUUUUGACACCUGAAAAAUGUCGAGAGGCUACAGAGGAGGAGUGUCUUAGCCUCAUGGUGAGUGGCUCCCCUUUGUGGAACGACCCCCGGCUAAUCCAGGUGGUGAGGGAGGACUUCCUAACGCCCCCCUCCGCCCCCUCGCCGCCGCCCCCCUCUACCUCCACGCCCUCCAUGACCCCCGAGGAAUACAGGGUGGUCAAGCUGCUGAAGGACACGAUUGGUGACGUGAAAUUCAUGGUGGUGGCGGGGGGCGCGUACCCAGGCGUGGUUGGAGAGCUGGGGAGUGGGGCGAGGGGGUUGUGGGUGGAGCCCCGCCCCGAGGGAACCCCCACCCCUCACACGCCCGUCCACCCCCCGCACUUCUGGCACACCCACGCCUGCCCCGCGAUAUCCAUCCCUUACUUGAACAAGCGUAAGGAACAGUGCAUUCCCGUGACCUCUCUCCUCCGCGGGCUGGGUCACGAGGGCACGGUUGACCUCGUCCUGACUCCUAUCCACAUGCUCUCCCAGGUGUUGACCCCCCUACUCUACAGCAAACCCCCUACAGUCAAGGCCGCAGUGACAGGCAGGAGUAAGGACACCUUGUCGUUGCUGGGGAUUCACGACAACGACGUAAGGCAACACGUCUUGGUGGGCAACAACACCACCCUGCUGCUCUUCAACGUCUAGAUGCCCGCUAUAUACUCGUUGAGUGGCCCUAGUGUUGUGCUGCUGGUUGUUGUUCCUGGUAAUGCUGCUGCUAUUGUAUUUGUUUUUCUUGCGGUUACUUUUGCUUUUUUUGUAUUAUCUUUUUUUUUUCUUGUUAUUAUUACUGUUGUUUGUUGUAUUUAUUGUUGUUCUUGUUGCUUUUGCUUACUUUUUCAUCUUACUGUUCUUGGUUUCAUAUUUAAUGAUUAUUUUCGUUCAUGUAUAUACUUGUUCUUGUUGUUAUUCAUCAUCUUCUUCUUCGUCUUCUCCUCCUCCUUCAAUUCUUUUUUUUUUAUUAUUCUUCCCGUUCAUAUUCUUGUUCUACUUGUUUUCCUUUUCCUUCUUCUCUUUUCUUUACCUUCUUCCUCUUCCUCUUCUUCUUUUUCUCCUCUACCUCCUCCGCGGCGUCAGGUACUCGACAGGUGACCUCCAGGUGUUACCUACUUUGUCGGCAUUUCCGCUCCAAAACAAAGAAAGACACGUGACUCACCCUACUGAGAACGUAAACCAAAAUAAAGUUGUUAUUCCCAAUGAGUCAA